UCCUUGUCCUCCAGCUUAUCCUUCGCGUCCGCCGCAACCGGCAGCAGCGCUGCCGCCGCGUCCUCUGCCGCCGCCCGCUCUUCCCACGGAUGUGAUCUUCGUGGUGGGAAGCUAAGUUUUUAAACUACCCCAAUGGAUGCAGACAGUGAUGUUGCACUGGACAUUCUAAUUACAAAUGUAGUCUGUGUUUUUAGAACAAGAUGCCAUUUGAACUUAAGGAAGAUUGCUUUGGAGGGAGCAAAUGUAAUUUAUAAGCGUGACGUUGGAAAAGUAUUAAUGAAGCUUAGAAAGCCUAGAAUUACAGCUACGAUUUGGUCCUCAGGAAAAAUUAUUUGCACUGGAGCAACAAGUGAAGAAGAAGCUAAAUUUGGUGCCAGACGUUUAGCCCGCAGUCUCCAGAAACUAGGAUUUCAGGUAAUAUUUACAGAUUUUAAGGUUGUUAACGUUUUGGCAGUAUGUAACAUGCCAUUUGAAAUACGUUUGCCAGAAUUCACAAAGAACAAUAGACCUCAUGCCAGUUACGAACCUGAACUUCAUCCUGCUGUGUGUUAUCGGAUAAAAUCUCUAAGAGCUACAUUACAGAUUUUUUCAACAGGAAGUAUCACAGUAACAGGGCCCAAUGUAAAGGCCGUCGCUACUGCUGUGGAACAGGUAUACCCAUUUGUGUUUGAAAGCAGGAAAGAAAUUUUAUAAGUCAUCACGUAAUUGGUUAGAAUCCCAAACUGAGCACCUUUUAAAACCUGCUGCACAUUGGACUCAAAACAAAAGGAAAACUGGACCAACAGUCAUUGAGGAAAUAGACUCUUUUAUUCAUUCACGGCUACAGUGUAAGCUCCAGUCCCUUUGGAUUUUAUUUCAAACCUUGCUGUAAUAUAAAAAGGAAGUUUACAAGACAUGACAUUGCUGCUUUUACAAAAGGACAUUCUAUUUAUUUUUGCAGUAAUUUCAUGUCCCCACGAGCAGAGCUGUCACAGUGUGCACUACCUUAAAGUGUUUUGUUGUUGUCAUUAUUUUUUUCCAGUUUGAGCUGAUGUGUUUUAUUUGUGAAUAGUCUUUUACAUUUUUGUAUGCUGAACAUGGGCACCAAAGAACCUGUAAAAGUUAUCUUUUUCAAUUGAAUGUGCACAAAUAAAAGUUUGGAAAAGAUCAUUCUUCAUAUCCAUUCUAUUCCCCAUUUUCUAUUUUAACAAAAAUUGUAUUCAUAAUUCUUUUUUUUUUUUUAAUCUAUGCAAGCUUAGACUUUUGCUAAAGUGUGUUGGCUUCUUUUUGAAGUGCAUUUUGUAAAUACAUAUAUGCCACAUGUGUAUAGUAUCUUUUAAUGCUCUGUUACCAAAUAUCAAAUAGGAAUUUUUUUCUUGCAGAUUAGAAAUAAAAACAUGUAUAUAAAUGCUAGGGAACUGGAGUAGAACUUUAUAAAUUAAGCGUAAUGUUUUAUGUUGCUAAUUUAACAUGAUAGAAAAUGUUGACUAUCUUUUAAAAGUCGUAAAGUUGUAGUUUUAAAAAGAGAAACUCUUACCUACAAGAUGGAAUAUAAGAAAGAAGCUGUGAUGGGUUGUACCUCAUAUGUACCUUUGUUAUUCUGGAAAGACUCAACUCUGGUUAUAGGAAAGUAAAAAUCUUAGGUUGGUACUCAAGGCUUUACUAAGAGUCUUGUCAGAAGUUGAAACAUUGUGCUGUUUUAGCAAGAAGUGCCCAAAAGCUGACUCUGUGCCACAGUGUAAUUAUACUACAGUUCAAUUUGAACUUGAAAGCCAUUUUGCAAGAUAAGUCUUUCCCCUUGCUGUGUCUUAUUUAAUGAAGCUAAAGAGCGACUACUCAGUAUAUGGGAUUGCUCCUCUUAAAGUUACAAUAAAUAUGCAUUUGUGAAACAGUGGCUCUCUGGCUCACCCAUGAGCCCAGGAACGGUAAUACAGGAUCAGGCUGCAGUGGUGCUUGGCCCUUUGCGUUUAGGAGUUUAGUAUAACUAACGAUGAUUUUACCGAGAAAUAAAGCUGAGUGGAGAGUCAUAUUAGCUUCUCAGUUAAAAUUAAUAGAGGUAAUAGUACAACACAAUUUUCCCCUAAAACCUUGAAUUUCCAAAAUGUUUUGAAACCUUUGUGAAAAAUUGGAACAUCUUAACCUCCAUUUUCCCUACCAUAUUCUAAAAUCUUGAAAGCUGCACUGAACAAUAUGUAUUAUUUUUUAUGUUUAUUUUUAUCUUCUUUCUUCUCGAUGCCUUCCCCUGCCCUGCCUCUCACUCCCUCAUAAGUUGGGGCCAGUGGCUUUUAUAUUUUCUUUCUUGGGAAAGACUUAUAUGUGAUUUUAAGACUUCUUUCUCAUUUUUUACAUUUGUGUUUAUUUGCUUCAUUUUGAGAUCCAGUGGGAUAGGCAACCUCAAAAAAUAUACAGAAUAAAAUUCAAUGCAAGUUAUAGGUUCUGGGCAGACUGUUUCAAAAAUUUGAGGUUUUCCACUUAGAUUUAAUUAACAGUAAUUAAGUGACCUCCUGUUUGGCAGUGUUCACAAAAAAGAAAUAGCGAAAAGGGGGGGGGGGAAUGAUUAUAUAGCCAAGGUGCAGAUCCAGAUGUUUGUUGUAAUAUUUUUCAGUAUUCGAGUGACUUGAAAACUAUGUAGAUCAGUAGCUCAUCAAAAUGCUUUCUCAGAAAAGAGGGAGAAAGACAAUCUGACUGGGUCUGGUUUCAGGGCUGCUUGCUUGAGUAUCGCCUGGCAAAGUGUCAUGGGUGACCCACUAUACUUAACAAAGCUGGUAAGAAAUGAGUGUGUCUGAUGUCUUCUGGCUUUUCACAAGUGCUGUACAUUUUUUUUAUAAAUAAAAACUGUGAAUAUAUACAUAUAAA